AUGGUUCAGUGGCAACCCUUCAUGGCAAAGAUUGUGGCUAAAAUGUCUUCAUGGUCUGCAAAGAAGCUAUCAUAUGCUGGGAGAAUUCAAUUGAUUCAAACAGUGUUAUUUGGUAUCCAAUCUUAUUGGGCUCAACUCUCCCCUCUACCAGCUAAGGACAGACUUCUAACAAUGGAUAUAUUGCUGAGAUGGGGCCUUAAUGUACAAGCUGUAUGUGCAAUGUGUCAAGCUCAUAAUGAAUCAAGAAACCAUUUAUUUGCUGAAUGUAGAUAUGCUAACGCAAUUUGGAACAAAGUCAGCAAGUGGGCGCAACAACAACUCUAUGGUGGCAACAACUGGGAACUACAAUUCCAAGAGAUUAUUAUAAGUAUACAAGGGAAGACAACAAAGGCCAAACUCACUAACAUGAUAUAUGCUGAAGUUAUAUAUGCCAUAUGGAAUGAGAGGAAGUAUUUGAAGGGGUGGCCAAAGAUUGUAAAGGAGUGGCACAAGAGAUAG